AUGGCCAUCCUCUCGGAAGUCUCCAACGUGACUCUCGGAGGUUCGCAUCGUUGCGUGAUAGUCGAGCUGGCGCCUGUGGGGGCGGCGGAGCCUGAGGUAGCGACGGCGGAGCGGGAGAUGGAGGCGGCGCAGCGCCACGUCGCUUGGCGCCCCGACGAAGAUCUGGUCCUCCUUCUGAUGUUUCGCAACGGCGCGGGCUGGAGCCGCAUAGCCGAAGCACUACCGGGCCGAGCGGGCAAAGAAGUUUUGUCGCGGAUGUCGCAGCUGCAGGUGAAGCACGGCUUCAGCGCUUCCGACGAGGGCAGGCUGGUACUGGACUCUUUGCUCUUGGCCUGCGGCAUCGACGAGACGGCCUAG